UGCUGACAUGCUCCCUUUCUAACAAAGUUCACUCGUCGUUGUUUGAUUGUAGGCUACUAUUCGCAAUUGACGUGCUCUUCACUUUGAUAUAGGGCAGUGUGUCGUUCAACGCACCGGAUGAACUUGAGAACCUGAACGGGAAACGAUUUAUCCGUUUCUAUUAUCCUACACUCCCGCAACCAAAGACUGUAUACAACACUUAUCGUUUGCGCAACAACGGUUGUUGUUACAAUCUAACCACAGUCGGGACUUUUUGCACAUGGCUGAACCAAGCGGCAAAAGAUUGAAGACCAACCUGCCUAACUGUAAAACUCACCGAGCUUUUCUCGGGAGCAGAGUGAAACAGAAUCUCCCAGCGGUCGUUGAGGAGAGUUUGUGCGGAGUAUCUACAUUGAUUAUGGAGGUCGCUUACAUACUUGAUGCACUGGCUAAGAUAUUUGAGCAGGAUGACAUUGCCUUGCCAAGAGUGGCAGCGUUCUUCCAUGAGCAGUCUGUGAACGAGCAGGCGAAGGCUGAGGCCAUGCUGGACUACCUGUCAGACAGAGGGGGACAGUACUGCAGUAAAGACAUCCAGAGGCCUGGCUGUGAGGAGGUGUAUGCCGUGAUCCCAGCCCUGGAGCUGAUGCUGGGCCAGUGGAAGGAGGAGAUGGCCGUGAUGGUGGAGCUCAGCCAGUUGUCCAAGGAGCACAGCGACCCGCACUCCGCCAGUGUGAUCAAGAGCCGCUUCCUGGGGCCGCUGGUGCCCCGUGUCAAACUGCUGGGAGACCUGCUGACCAACGCACGUAGGGUGGGCUGCACCAGCGACCGCUCGGGGGGCUUCGGGGAGUACCUCAUCGACCAGCUGCAGGAGGAGUUGACCAACGUCUCCAGUAGAUAAAUCACUCAGUAGUUUAUAUUAAAGAAAACUACUUUGCGAGUUCGACUCUCAAAACAAGCCUCUCCUGUCAGUGUUUUAUGGCCACCUAUAUUGUAUUAUAGCUUGUCUGUAAGGCCAAUGUAUUGUAGAAGACACUCCCUAUUCCUACAUAACUUGCUAGCUCCUCAAUAGAAAUGAUUGAAACUGAAAAAACAAGGGGAAUAAUUUGAGGCGUAUGGCUUAGUUACAACUAGGUUUAUUCGGAACCAAGCUGUAGCACUUCUUCUUAAUUCCUGUUUGCAUUUCUGCACAAUUUGUUUAAAUGUUUGGUGUGUUCAUGAGAGGGCAACAUCUUGAAUCCAGUAUUUUAGGUUCUAAAAUACAUGUAUUCAAAAAGAAUGAAUACAUAUAUUAUGCACUAGAUUUGGGCAUUUAAAAGGACACAGCCUCAUUGUAUCAUGUUCAGUGCCUUUGGAAAGUAUUCAGACCCCUUUACUUUUUCAACAUUUUGUUAGGUUACAGCCUUAUUCUAAAAUGUAUUACAUCGUUUUUCCCCUCAAUCUACACACAAUACACGAUAAUGACAAAGCAAAAACAGUUUUUUUGAAAUGUUUGCUAAUUUAUUCAAAAUAAAAAACAGAUCACAUUUACAUAAGUAUUCAGACCCUUUACUCAGUACUUUGUUUAAGCACAUUUGGCAACGAUUUCAGCCUCGACUCUUCUUGGGUAUGACGCUAAAAGCUUGGCACAGCUAUAUUUGGGUAGUUUCUCCAUUUCUUCUCUGACGAUCCUCUCAAGCUCUAUCAGGUUGCAUGGGGAGCUUUGCUGCACAGCUAUUUUCAGUUCUCUCCAGAGAUGUUCGAUCGGGUUCAAGUCCUGGCUCUGGCUGGGCCACUCAAGGACAUUCAGAGACUUGUGCUGAAGGAACUCCUGCAUUCUCUUGGCUGUGUGCUUAGGGUCAUUGUCCUGUUGGAAGGUGAACCUUCACUCCAGUCUGAGGUCCUGAGCACUCUGGAGCAGGUUUUCAUGAAGGAUUCCUCUGUACUUUGCUCUCUUCAUCUUUGCCUAGACCCUGACUAGUCUCCCAGACCCUCCCGCUGAAAAACAUCCCCAAAGCAUGAUGCUGCCACCACCAGGCUUCACAAUAGGGAUGGUUCCAGGUUUCCUCCAGAUGUGACACUUGGCAUUCAGGUCAAAGAGUUAAAUCUUGGUUUCAUCAGACCAGAGAAUCUUGUUUCUCAUGAUCUGAGAGUCUCCAAGUGGGCUGUCAUGUGCCUUUUACUGAGGAGUGGUUUCCGUCUGGUCACUCUACCAUAAAGGCCUGAUUGUUGGAGUGCUGCAGAGAUGGUUGUCCUUCUGGAAGGUUCUCCCAUCCCCAUAGAGGAGCUCUAGAGCUCUGUCAGAGUGACCAUCGGGUUCUUAGUCACCUCCCUAACCAAGACCCUUAUCCUCAGAUUGCUCAGUUUGGCCGGGCGGCCAGCUCUAGGAAGAGUCUUGGUGGUUCCAAACUUCCUACAUUUAAGAAUGAUGGAGGCCACUGUGUUCUUGGGGACCUUCAAUGCUGCAGAAAUGUUUUGGUACCCUUCCCCAGAUCUGUGCCUCGACACAAUCCUGUCCCGGAUCUACGGACAAUUCCUUCGACGUCAUGGUUUGGUUUUUGCUCUGACAUGCACUGUCAACUGUGGGACGUCAUAUAGAAAUCAUGUCCAAUCAGUUGAAUUUACCACAGGUGGACUUCAAUCAAGUUGUAGAAACAUCUCAAGGAUGAUCAAUAGAAACAGGAUGCACCUGAACUCAAUUUUGAGUCACAUAGCAAAGGGUCUGAAUACUUAUUUAAAAAUAUCUGUUUUUUUAGUGGAAUAAAUUUGAAAACAUUUCUAAAAACUUGUGUUCGCUCUGUCAUUAUGGGGUGUUUUGUGUAGAUUGCUGAGGAAUAUUUGUAUUUAAUCCAUUUUAGAGUAAGGCUGUAAAAUGACAAAAUGUGGAAAAAGUCAAGGGGUCUGAAUUCUUCCCGAAGGCACUGUAUGUAUUCCAUGAGCAAAGUUGAGCCAUGUUGUCAUAAUGUGGUGUUGCAUGAAUUGAGAGAUAACAAUGUGACAAUCAAAGCUGAAGGCAAAGUACUUGAAAUACUGUUCAUAUCUGGAUUGACACACCUCGCUAUGCUAUAUGGCUUAUAAUUGUAGUUCUGUAUUCAGUAUUUUACAAAGAGGUCACUCUCAUAAGAAAUUGUGGGUUGAUGUAUAAUGGGAUAUUGUUUGGGAUUGGUCUCAUCUGUACACUUUAUCUUUCUACAAAACCUAUUGCCUUUACCUACUAUACAGAUCAAAUAUACACUGUCCCUCUUCAUCACAUACAGUACAAUGUUACAACAAUAUAUCUACCUUUCAAAAUAAAGUUUUCGAUACAUUUCUGAACAGUC